AUGGCGCCGCUUCCCAGCCUGCCUCUCGCCGGCCGCGGCCCCGCCCCUGGAGGUCUGGACACCCUCAGCCACGCCCCCUCUGUCUUUGGGUCCUGGGAGGCUCCGGGGCCCCGCCCACAGGCUCAGGGCUUUCGGUGUACCGCUGGUUCGAAGGAGCAUUUGGUACCCUCCUUUGUCCGCGGAGGUGUUCCCGGCCGUCCCACCCUCCUCUGCAGUCGCCAGGCUGCGCCGCCGGAGCCGGGACGCGCCCCCGCUGCCCUCGCCACCUCCAUUCCUGCUGCCUUCGCCGCCUCCAUCCCCGCUGCCCUCGCCGCCUGCAACCCCGCGGCCUCCGCUCCCCUCGCCGUCCGCGCGCACAACUUGACGAAGAACGAGAAGUCCCUCAACCAGAGCCUCGCCCAGUGGAAGCUCUUCAUAUGCAACCUGACCACCGGAGAGUUCCUGGGGCGCACGGCCAACAGCUGGGGUUUGAUCUUGCUCUUCUACCUAGUUUUUUAUGGGUUCCUGGCUGCACUCUUCUCAUUCACGAUGUGGGUUAUGCUUCAGACUCUCAACCAAAUACGUGUUCCAAAAUACCGUGACCAGAUUCCUAGCCCAGGACUUACGGUUUUUCCAAAACCAGUGACUGCAUUGGAAUAUACAUUCUGUAGGUCUGAUCCAACUUCGUAUGCAGGGUACAUUGAAGACCUUAAGAAGUUUCUAAAACCGUAUACUUUAGAAGAACAGAAGAACCUCACAGUCUGUCCUGAUGGAGCACUUUCCGAACAGAAGGGUCCAGUUUAUGUUGCAUGUCAGUUUCCUAUUUCGUUACUUCAAGCAUGCAGUGGUAUGAAUGAUCCUGAUUUUGGCUAUUCUCAAGGAAACCCUUGUAUUCUUGUGAAAAUGAACAGAAUAAUUGGAUUAAAGCCUGAAGGAGUGCCAAGGAUAAACUGA